GAAGAUACAGUUUAUCCUUUCAGAACUUGCCGUUACUCAGAUGGGACGGCAGAAUCUCUUAGAAAAGGAUGAAACUCGCCUCUUUCUUUGCAUCUACUGAGAGUUUAUCCAUCAAACAGAGCUAUUAAUAAAUUCAAGAUGAACAGCAAUCCAAUCAAAGUUCUGGUAACAUCAAUCAAUGGUUAUGGACACUUUAAUGCCGCUCUUGGUGUUGCGAGUUUGCUAGCUAACCGUGGUAAUGAUGUCUAUUUUGCCAAUCUAUUGAAGUAUAAAGAUGAGGUUCAGAAAUAUGGUGUGAAAUUCAUUGCUCUUGAAGAUUACAACGAUGCAUAUAAUAAAGAAAUGGAACAGAAAAAUGAAACUAAAGCAGUUGAAGUCUUAGUGAAAAGUAUGGAACCCAAAUCAACUUCGCCUCUAGGUGACGAGGAAAACAGCAUUGCCGGUAUGUCGAUUAUCUUGGCUGAGCUCCAGCUGUUAGAUUCCACUUUGCAAAAAAUCAUCGAUUCCAUUAAACCAGAUAUUUUGAUCGGUGACGUUUGUUUUCCUACUCCACUCUUCUAUCAAUCACCAAUUCCAAGAAUAAUUUUGUUCUCACCCAAUCCAUCCGCCCUUUAUUAUGAGACAACUGGAUUUCCGACUUCACUGGGUCUAUCAGUUCAUGUUGAUAGGAGUUCGUGGCCAUGUUAUCAUAAAAAGGUAUUGAAAAUGAAAGAAGCUUGUAAGGAAUACUUUAAAUGGCUUUCCUUAUUUGGAAUAGAAACAAAUUUUUUUCAUACUUCGGACAAAUUUCUUGGUAUUUACAUGUGCCCAAAAGCAUUAGACUAUGUUGAAUUAGGAUCACCGCCACCAAAUUGGAUUCGAAUAGAUUCUUCUAUUCGUACCCGUGCUGCAAAGGAAUUUAUUGUUCCACCAUUUAGGACAAAUCAGUCGGGAAAAUUGGUUUACUUGUCAAUGGGAACUUCAGGAUCUCUUAACAUAGCUUUGAUGAAGCGUUUAAUCAACACUUUUUCCAAGAGUAAACAUUGCUUCAUUGUAUCUAAAGGCUUUAAAGGUGAUGAAUUGACUUUGUCUGAAAAUAUGUGGGGCGAUAAUUAUGUUGAUCAAAUAGCUAUCUUACCCAAAGUUGACGCGGUUAUAACUCAUGGUGGGAAUAAUUCAUUCAUUGAGACGUUUUACUUUGGUAAACCAAUGAUUGUAAUGCCGUGUUGCUUUGAUCAACUAGAUAAUGCACAAAGAAUUGAAGAUUUGAAACUUGGAUACAGAGUUGAUCCAUUAGGAUAUGAUGAAGAUGAAAUUCAUAAAAUUGUUGACGAUUUGCUUGAGAAUACCGAGAUACGCUCAAAAAUGGAGGAAAUUUCAAAGCAAUUGAAAACUUCAAAUAACCGAGAAGAAGUGGCUAGGUUGAUUGAAAACAUCGCAGUAACUAAAAAGUACCCAUUUCAAUAAACACUCACGACCUUUAAAAAUUAAUUUCAAUUUCUCAUCGAAUGUGUAUGAGAAAUAAAUAUUUCUAUCACAGUAAUAAAGAUUCUAAUAUGCAAUCAAGAAAUUAUUCAUCUCACAAUGUGUAAGUUAGUGUAAUUUGUUAAAAUAAAGAGAUAAAUGAUCAGA